UCGUUGGCCCCAAACACCAGCCUUGAAGCACGCACGGCACCCAGCACCAUCGUACUGCCAUGCACUGCACCGCAACGCAACGCAACGCAAAGUACCGCGCUACAUUCGCUCCAGUGCCCUGCACUAUCCUAUCCUUUCCUGCCUAAGUUGCAGCAUUAUUUUCCGGCCAUGAUCUCGCAUCGAUCGGCGGAUGCACGAUCAAACGUCCACCCUGGUUUUGUUCCCAUGUAUUCGUACAGGAGGAAAGUACUCUAGACCAGAUCAUGACCUUGUGAUAUGCCGGCACCUUCUCGGAACAGCCUCCCAUGCCUAUCCCUUGAUAUGCAGAUCACAUGUGCAUGAGUCCGGACCGGAGCCUAAUCCAGGUGUUGGACCAGAGAUCCGCAUCUUGACUUUUGACAAUCAAUGCCCAUUAUUAUUAUCCACGUUUCUGGACAAUUAUUUUAUUUCACACAUUGUUGAUUUCCUACUCGACCAUCACACAAGUGUGGGGAAUCCGCCCUUCAUGCCCAACAUCCUUCCACUGGUAAUCUUCGGGUCGCCAAACUUUUUGAAACAGAGAUACGUACUUGCAAUCUUCUUGUUCAGUCAUUUCGCAAGAACGCCAUUCCUCUCUCUCAUUGUUGUUCAAUAAUCCCUCCCUCUUCCGCUUCCCACCUCGCCAGCACUUCGGAAGAAUCGAACAAGCGAGGAUGACUGGCACCGAGAACGCGCUGCCAACAUUGUACGAGUACACAUAUGCUCGUAAGGUGUGUCACUGCGUCCGCCCCCCUUGAUUCCAGGACGUCCGCGCCAGAGUGGCCACGCUGGUCCGCAUGUCUGGUAGUCGGCUCCCAGCGUCUACGAAAGGGCUUCCAUCACUAUGUAUUUGCAUAAUAAAUUCCUGUUC